AUGGCGAGCCUCCUGCGCGUCGUGGUGUCCAGCUGCUCAGCCCCUGUCCUUGGGGGCGUCUCAUCCGUGAAGGUUCAGACCAGCCCUGCUGUCAAAUUAACAUGUGUGCGGUUUUUUAGGACCCAUCAAGCUCUCUGGCGGAGCGCAGGUCCAGGAAUCCCAUACAAGCAACUCACAGUUGGCGUUCCCAAAGAAGUUUUCCAGAAUGAGCGUCGUGUGGCUCUGUCUCCAGCUGGUGUCCAGGCUCUCAUCAAGCAGGGCUUUAAUGUCGUGGUGGAGUCUGGAGCCGGAGAGCCCUCCAAGUUCCCUGAUGAACAUUACACUCAGGCCGGAGCUGCAAUUAAAGACGUGAAAGAUGUGCUGGCAUCUGAUCUGUUGGUGAAGGUGCGUGCUCCCACAUUUAACCCUGCUUUGGGUGUUCACGAGGUGGACUUGAUGAAGGAAGCUUCAACUUUAGUCAGCUUCAUCUACCCAGCUCAGAACCCCGAACUGAUGGAGAUGCUGUCAAAGAAAAAGACCACAGUUCUGGCAAUGGACCAGGUGCCCAGGGUCACCAUUGCUCAGGGUUACGAUGCGCUGAGCUCCAUGGCAAACAUUGCAGGAUACAAGGCAGUUGUUUUGGCAGCUAACAGUUUCGGACGUUUUUUCACUGGACAAAUCACAGCAGCUGGGAAAGUGCCGCCUGCAAAGGUGCUGAUUAUUGGAGGAGGUGUGGCCGGUCUGGCAGCUGCAGGUACCGCCCGGGCCAUGGGAGCCAUUGUCCGAGGUUUUGAUACCAGAGCUGCAGCUUUGGAGCAGUUUAAGUCUCUCGGUGCAGAGCCCCUUGAAGUGGACAUAAAGGAGUCAGGAGAGGGCCAGGGAGGUUACGCCAAGGAAAUGUCGAAGGAGUUCAUAGAGGCAGAGAUGAAACUGUUUGCCAAACAGUGUCAGGAAGUGGACAUUGUCAUCAGCACAGCUCUAAUUCCAGGUAGGCGGGCUCCAAUUCUUAUCACCAAACCAAUGGUAGAGAGCAUGAAGGACGGUUCAGUUGUGGUGGAUUUGGCUGCUGAAGCUGGAGGAAACAUUGAGACCACGGUUCCAGGAGAGCUUUCCGUAUACAAGGGAGUGACUCACAUUGGCUACACAGACCUGCCCAGUCGCUUGCCAACACAGUCCAGCACUCUGUACUCCAACAACAUCACUAAGCUGCUGCGAGCAAUCAGCCCUGAUAAGGAAAACUUUUACCUUGAUGUCAAGGAGGCUUUUGAUUAUGGGACCAUGGAUCACGUUGUGCGGGGCUCCAUUGUCAUGCAGAAUGGAAAGAACUUGUUCCCCGCUCCGCAGCCCAACAACGUUCCCACUGCGGCGCCUCCUAAACCCAAGAGCGUUCAGGAGUUGGAGGCGGAGAAGGCUGCACAGAUCUCCCCCUUCAGGGCUACACUCACCCAAGCUAGCUUGUACACUGGAGGUAUCGGCACCCUGCUUGGUCUGGGCUUGUCGGCUCCUAACGCCGCCUUCACUCAGAUGGUCACCACCUUUGGUCUGGCUGGCAUCGUGGGAUACCACACAGUUUGGGGCGUCACUCCUGCUCUGCACUCUCCGCUCAUGUCUGUCACCAAUGCCAUCUCAGGUCUGACAGCUGUGGGUGGUCUGUCCCUGAUGGGAGGGGGCUACUUGCCAUCUAGUAGUGCAGAGACACUGGCCGUGCUUGCUGCCUUCAUCUCUUCAGUCAACAUUGCUGGUGGUUUCCUGGUGACCCAGAGGAUGUUGGACAUGUUCAAACGGUCUACUGAUCCUCCUGAGUACAACUACCUCUAUCUGCUUCCAGCGGGUGUUUUUGUUGGAGGCUACGCUGCUGCUCUGCAGUCUGGAUACAACAUUGAACAGAUGAUGUAUUUGGGCUCUGGUCUGUGUUGUGUCGGUGCCCUUGCUGGUCUUUCCAACCAGACCACAGCUCGGCUGGGUAACGCACUGGGAAUGAUUGGAGUCGCAGGAGGGAUUGCUGCCACUCUGGGUGCCCUUAAACCAAAUCCUGAGCUCCUGGCACAGAUGAGCGCAGCCAUGGCUGUGGGUGGAACUGCUGGUUUAGCCAUCGCUAAGAAGAUUGAGAUCAGCGACUUGCCUCAGCUUGUUGCUGCGUUCCACAGCUUGGUCGGGCUGGCUGCUGUUCUCACCUGCGUGGCCGAAUAUAUGAUCGAGUACCCUCACUUUGCCACGGACCCCGCAGCCAACCUUACCAAAAUAGUUGCUUACCUCGGCACUUACAUUGGCGGGAUCACUUUCAGCGGCUCUUUGGUGGCAUACGGCAAACUGCAAGGUAUGCUAAACAGCGCUCCUUUGAUGCUUCCUGGUCGCCACGCUCUCAAUGCCACUCUCAUGGCAGCUAGCGUCGGUGGUAUGAUUCCCUACAUGCUGGAUCCCAGCUACACCACAGGCAUGACCUGCUUAGGAUCAGUUUCCGCCCUCUCUGCUGUCAUGGGUGUUACUCUGACAGCAGCUAUUGGAGGAGCCGACAUGCCAGUGGUCAUUACUGUACUCAACAGUUACUCCGGCUGGGCCCUGUGCGCUGAGGGCUUCCUGCUAAACAACAACCUGCUUACCAUCGUUGGAGCUCUCAUUGGCUCAUCUGGAGCCAUUCUGUCAUAUAUUAUGUGUGUGGCCAUGAAUCGUUCACUUGCUAAUGUGAUCCUUGGAGGUUACGGCACAUCCUCCACUGGUACAGGAAAGCCCAUGGAGAUCACAGGGACACACACAGAGGUCAACGUGGAGCAGACUGUCGACAUGAUUAAAGAGGCUCAGAGCAUAAUCAUCACUCCAGGUUAUGGACUUUGUGCUGCAAAGGCCCAAUACCCAAUCGCUGAGCUGGUAAAGAUGCUUGCAGAGGCUGGAAAGAAAGUCAGGUUUGGUAUUCACCCUGUCGCCGGCCGUAUGCCCGGACAGCUCAACGUGCUGCUGGCUGAAGCAGGCGUCCCCUAUGACAUUGUCCUGGAAAUGGAGGAAAUCAACGAGGACUUCCCUGAAACUGACCUGGUUCUGGUGAUCGGUGCCAACGACACAGUGAACUCUGCCGCCCAAGAAGACCCCAACUCCAUUAUUGCUGGCAUGCCCGUCCUGGAGGUCUGGAAAGCGAAACAGGUCAUCGUGAUGAAGAGAUCCCUGGGUGUUGGAUACGCAGCAGUGGACAACCCCAUCUUUUACAAACCCAACACUGCAAUGUUGCUUGGCGACGCCAAGAAAACAUGCGACGCUCUGCAGGCUAAAGUCCGUGAGACUCAGAGCCAGUAAUGUGACCCCCGUAUUGGAGACACCUCCACCUUAGAGCACAAAGAGGAAAGAUUUGAAAAUUCAUCUCUGUACAGCUGUAACUUCACCAACCUAGUAAAAAUAUAACCGAGAUGAGCUUUUUUUUUUGGCAUCCCCCUUCCUGUGAUCUAAAAAUAAAUAAAUGUACAGGUACUGUAUGUUUCUAACUCAUGUAACAAUGCAUCUUUUAUUUUUUAGAUCGGAAAGGAAGGCUGCGUUAUAAUGGGUGUCUGUGUGACCAAGACUCAUCUUGUGAUGUAAAAUAAAUACAUUCAGGAAAUUAGAUACACAUAAAUCUUAGGUAUGAUCAGUUUCACUCUUGAUAUUUUUAGAAAAUAGUUGAGCAAAAAAAAAAAAAAGCAAAAAAUCUGAUGAAUUUGACUGAAAAAGUAAGGAAUGCUCCAGCUCUUUACUCUAAAAGGUUUUCAUUUCCUCUUCUCUCCACAGUUUAAGUUUAGUACUUUCAUGUCCCCUUCCAUUUCAUUCACCUGU